AAAAACCCUCACUGCUGCCGCAAACCCCACGUAGCAUGUCGUAAAACCGAUCUGUAUCAGUGUUCUCAGAGAAGUAAACUGCUAUUGUCAUUGAUGUCCAAACCGCGGUAGAUUUUACAAUAUGAAAUAUGUAGUAGCUGUGCUGGCUGUAUGUACAGUCGAGCCGGUACAGUUUAACAACAUGGUGGACGUGGUGUAGGCUUUGAGGGGCCAGACGAUGAGCUGAUCUACAGCAAAACAAGCCCGAAAAUGGCAACAUACAACACCGAAGUUGCUGCAGGACACCCUGUUGUGGUGGAGGUGAGUCCAGACAUCCAUAUCUGUGGCUUCUGCAAGCAGCAGUACAAUAAUUUUGAGGUCUUUCUCGCCCAUAAGCAAAAUGGGUGUUCCCUGCCCACCUCUGACCCAUCAGCCACCUCUGCAACAGCCGCUCUUACAGAUUCCAGCGCUGAGUUUGUUUUCGAGGAAACCUACCAGACCUGUGUGGUGAGAGGUGUCAAAAAGAUCCUGACCAAAGCACAGAAAACACCCUCCAAAAAAUUAAAACCUACCCUGACUUCAAAGAGACACAGCUGCUGUUUCUCAGGUUGCACUUUUAAAACACAGUAUGGCCAAAAAGACAUGGAGCGGCAUCUCAAAACCCACACUGGUGAGAAGCCGUUUGAAUGCGAGCUGUGCCACAAGCGCUUCAGUCGGCGGGACAAGCUCAACAUGCACAGCCGCUCACACACAGGCGAGAAGCCGCACAAGUGUAAACACUGUCCCUAUGCAGCAGCAGACAGCAGCAGUUUGAAGAAGCACCUGCGUAUCCACUAUGAUGAACGGCCAUUUAAAUGCCAGAUCUGUCCCUAUGCCAGCCGCAACUCCAGCCAGCUCACCGUGCACCUCCGCUCUCACACUGGGGAUGCACCUUUCCAGUGCCAACAGUGCGAUGCAAAGUUCAAAAUCAACUCCGAUCUGAAGAGGCACAUCCGGAUACACUCUGGUGAAAAGCCUUACAAAUGUGACUUUUGCGAGUACCGCUGCGCCAUGAAAGGCAACCUGAAAUCUCACAUUCAGAUCAAACAUGGCACUGAGAACUCCUGCCACUGCAUGCACUGUGACUUCAAGUGUUCCAACAAGACUGCUCUGCGGGAGCACACGAGAGAACACCAGCCCAUUCAGCCCAUGCAGUGUUCCAAAUGCACUUACUCCUGCUCCAGCAAGGGGGCGCUCAAAGUCCACGAGAGGAUCCACUCAGAGGAGCGACCCUUCAAAUGUGACUUCUGCAACUUUGCCUCCAAGCAGCGCAGCAACCUUGUCAUUCACAAAAAGAAGUGCCACUCAGAUAAGCCAGAGAAAGGCAGCGGUGGGAAAGGUGGCAGAGGAGGAGGGAAAAGUGGAGGAGGUGACUCCCCAAAGCCUCUCAGCUCCCGGUACAGGGCCAAACUAGAUGCAGCUCGAGCCUUCUGCUGCGACUCGUGCGAUGCUUCGUUUGUCAGGGAAGACUCCCUGCGGAGCCACAAAAAGCAACACAGAGACACUCAGAAUGUGUUGCAGCUCCAUCUCUCUGCCUCAGCCAAUGCAGUCAACCUGGUUCCUGUUAUCACCUCACAGACCAACACCCAGCUUGAAGUUCCUCUCCCAUCUGACUCAAUGGCUCCUUACAGCAAUGCACAGCUCAAAAUCAUCGUAUCUCACCCUCUGGGCCAGGAGAACUCCUUAAUCCCAGCUGGUGUGGAUAGUCAGAGUAAGACCAACAUGGUCCUGCUAAGCCCAGAAAGCCAGGACAUGGUAGUGAACUCCAUGAUCCAACAGGUCAACCUGCUAGCUCCUAUGCAACCCCUCGGGUCGUCCCAGACUGCAGAAGCCACCCUUGAACCCCAGACGGUCCUCUUGACACAGCUCACUCCUGAAGACACCAACAACCCGCUGCACCAGGCCCUGCUGCAGACGGCAAUAACCGCUCAGGACUCCAGCAGCAGCACGCAGACUUUCAUCACCACCUGCUCUGAACUGGAGGGCCUCAACGCCUUGAUCCAGGAAGGUGGCACAGAGGUUACAGUGGUGACGGAAGGGAACACCGCCAUGGUAACAACAGCAACGCCACCUGACAUGGUGUGUGGACCAGCAGCAGCCAUGUCCAAACCAGGAGGGACAGUUACGGUUGAGGAGAGUGCCUUACCUUGUGAGGAAAGUGCGCUGCUGGUGCCAAACAUCGGGCUGGGAAGCCAGAAUGUGGUCAUCCAUGGCGUUCCACUGAUUGUGUCCACUCAGCCACAGCAGAGUACAAUAGAGCAGCUCUCUCCUCACACACUCUACUCAGAUACACACACACUGGAAGGUAUCCCACAAUGAUGCCCCUUCUCCACCAAAAUGGUUCCAUUCCAGUUGGCGUACCUAAAUUUGAAUGGCUCUGAGCAUUUCCACCAAAAAUAAAUUGAUUCAGAACCCAAAAAGUCAGUUCCCAGCUGGAUCCAAAAAACAGCAGGUUUUCAAGUGCAAACCGUAACAACAUCAGCAGGUGUAUCCUGUUCUGGUUGGAAAGAGAGGAUGGAGAAGGCACCAUUGUGCAUUGUGCAACAUCCUCAUUAAAUUUUGCCAUCCUUGAUUACAGUAAUUUUGCUCAAAAUUGGUGGAAAUGCAGGAUAAUUCAGUGGCUAGCACCAAGGUUCCAAUAAUCCUGAACAAAACUGUCUCAAGAACCAGAGCUAAAAACAGGUAUAAGUGGAGGGUUUGGUGUGUUUUUAUGGAAAUGAAAAGACUGUAACUGCAUCAUAAGCUAUUUCUUUGCCAGAAAGAACUCUUAGGCCUAAAGGUCACAUAUGUGCAGGCCAUUUAACAGCAACAGUUAUUGUUUCUAGCAGUUUAAUCAUUGACCACUGAAGUAACAUUACUGUUAACUUUGGAGAUAUCACAGUUAUAGUUUUGAGAUUUUAGAAUAAUUAAUUGUUGUCUUAGCACAUUAGUUCAAUCAAUGUUGUCAUGUUUAACACUGAAUAACUUUUGGAUAUGAAAAUUAAUCAUUAGGGCAUAAUUUCAUACACUAUUUUCAAGUGUAAUUUCCUGAGGCAUCAGAACUAAUAAUGUUUAUUUUCAGCAAACAGAAAUUCUAAAAUGUAAAAGAAUAAAGUGUGGAACAAAUGGACACAACGUGAAAUUCAGUGAAUUUCUUUGUGCCAUGGUUUUCUCCUGUUUGACCAUAAGGUGGCAGCAGAGUUAUAAGAGUAAAGGGUGAAGUUUGCUUUGAAACUGGAUUGCAGUCUUGUAGUAUUGAUUUUUUUUUUUUUUACUUUUUUUUUGGAAAUAAAUAUUUUCAAGUCCUCAUUCUGAAUCUAUGAAGUAGAUGUCAAUUGUAGAAAACAUUAGACCACAUAUCAAGGUCUUAUUUUCUAAAAGCCAAGUUGCUCUCCCAAUAGAUUUUUCAAUAAAGUGCCUGUUCUUCUUGUG